CUGAGCAAGUUACAUAAUCCGAGCCAAUCAGCGAAAGUGUACUGUCCGGAUUCCUCCCGCGAUGUAGCAAACAUGUGAAUGCACCUUGAUGGGAUAGUGGCCCACCGGAUAAAAAGCGUUUCUCAUCGAACAGUUUUGCAGUCAGACAAUUCACAGACUUGGGUGUGAAGUGUAAGUGAAACUAAAGGACACAAAGAAGCCAUGGCGUCCAACAAGAGAGUGAUGAAUCUGAGAGAAGACCUCACUUGUGCCAUAUGCUGCGACCUCUUCAGAGACCCGGUGAUGCUCGGUUGUAUGCACCACUUCUGCAAGCGCUGCAUCUCAACCUACUGGAAAAAUAUCCGGGGACCCGUUCCGUGUCCACAGUGUCGCCAGGAGUUCCCCUCUCGACAGUUUCAAACUAACUAUUUAGUUGCGGGCCUUGUGGAUAAAGUAAGGGCCAGCUCUUCGGACGGUUAUGUCAAGAAUGUUGAGAAACAACUCAAAGAGACUCUGGAGUCCCAACGCUCGAAAAGGGAGGACUACAUCAGCAUGAUCCGCAAAGACAAAGAGAAGGUUGACGCACUAAAGAAAGUGGGUGCCGAGCUGCAGGAGCGAAUCCGGGCCGACUUCUACGCGCUACACAGCUUCCUGCAGGAGGAGGAGGCGUCGCUGCUGGAGCAGCUCCGGAGGGAGCAGGAGGAGUGGGAGCAGGUACUGCAGCGCCACCUGGAGGUCCUCAAGGGCGCCGUGAGGGAGGUGGAGCGGGCCGUGGGCGCCCUGCAGCAGGCCGCGGACACCAUGGACACCAGCGUCCUCGUGGAGCUCCCAGAUUUGAAUUCAAGAUCAUCACUACAACUCGGUGAAGGACAAGAUUUUGACUGUAAUGUUUUCAGCAGCAAAUAUGUGGCUCCGAUUCAGUACGCCACCUGGAGAAAGAUGUUCCAGGUCCUGAAGCCAGGCCCAGCCCCGGUGACCUUCGAUGAGGACACGGCCCACCCUAGCCUCAUCCUAUCGCGGGACAGGACCUCAGUGGUGGAGCUGCAGGAGAUGCAGCCGUACCCGCGCCUCCCCAAGCGCUUCGUCCAGUGCGUCAACGUCCUGGGGGCCCAGGGCUUCGCGUCCGGCCGGCACUACUGGGAGGUGGCGGUGGGCACCAAGCCCAAGUGGGACCUGGGGGUGGCCCUGGAGGCCGUGGACCGGCAGGCCCGGGUCAAGCUCUGCCCGGAAAACGGCUACUGGACCCUGCGGCUGCGCUGCGGGAACCAGUACUCCGCGGGGACGCAGCCGUGGACGCCGCUGCGGCUGGUGGCGCACCCGCGGCGCGUCGGCGUGUUCCUGGACUUCGAGGAGCGCCGGGUGUCCUUCUACGACGCGGACGACAUGACCCUGCUGACCUCGUUCUGCGACGGACCCAGGGGGAAGGCGUUGCCGUUCGUGAGCACGUGCGUCACUGAUCCGGGCCAGCGGACACAGCCCAUGCGCUUCGUCCAUCUCCCAGUGGAGUUUCUGUGAGGGAGUCGCUCACACAGGCCCUCAGAAGAGAGACAAUUCAGCCUUCCGUACUGUACUGUUUCCCAGUACUGUAUACAAUCCCUAUACCGUAGCUGCACACACUUGUUUCUGCAUUGAUCAAAGCUUAGGAAGGUCAUGCUCUGGUGCCUUAAAAAGUCACGUGAUGGGAGAGAGUGUGUUUUAGGAAUGUGUGAGUGUGAGAAAGAGAGAGAAAACUGCUGCUUUGGGUUUUUGUUCUUUGUUCAUAUCUGUUAAAUCUGGUCUAAUUGUUACGCUGUAUUGUCAUUUUGUAUUAAGCACCUUUGAACUCCACAAAUCACUUCAGAGGGAAUGAAGUCACAUGUUGGAGGAUGGAAAUGGAUGGAAACCAAGUGUUCACUUGAUAAGCUGUAAAAUGAAUGAUUUUAUUUGGAAAUACACAAGCGCGAAUUUGUAUUUUCUUUUCUCCAGCCAGUGGUAUCUCUUUUUGUAAUUUUGUUUGAAAUGAACACCUACAAUAAAGCCAGAGUCAGUUCACAUUCA